AUGGAUUGGCAAGAUGGGGAGAGAGAAUCUCCAAGCAACGGAAGUGCGGUGUAUUCCAUCGACCACCUUAAUGCCAUAAACAACCUCACCUCUCAAGUCUCAAAUUUAGGGAAAGAGAUGUCUUCUAUUAAAGCCAAGUUAGAGAGUGCUUCUUCUCAAGCUCCAACUCUUCCCUCCCAAUUUAAGGGGAAAGGUACAUCUUCUAAACCUACUCCCCCUUCCUCUUCUAAUAACAUGCCUAGUGGAUUCUUGUUUUGUGAUGUGUGUGGUUCAUAUGAUCAUGAUGCAUCUAAUUGUCCUCACUCUUUUUCGGAUGUAUGCGAUGACUUUAAUGGUAAUGAGAAUGAGCAUGUGAACUAUGUGUCUAAUAAUAAUGGAUCACGAUUUGAUAAUCAAAGAGGUCAAGUUAAUAGGAAUUACCACAACCAUGGUAAUUUUGACAACUAUAACCAAGGUGGUGGUUAUAGAAACCAAGGUUUCCGAGGUUAUGGUAACCAAAACCAAGGGUACGGAAAUCAAAACCAAGCUAAAGGUAAUUGGAACAACCAAGGUAGGGGCAAUUUUCAAAACAAUUCACAAAGAGGCCCUCCUCCCGGUUUUGUUCCAAAGACCCAAGUUCAAAAUGAUAAUUUCUAUGUACCACCCUCUUCAUAUAGGUCUAAUUUGGAAGAGAUCAUUGACAAUCAAACCAAGUUGUUGAACACUUACAUGGAGGUUAGUGAUAAAAAGUUCAAUGAGAUGAUGACCCACAACAAAAUGCUUGAGAACCAAAUCUCCUAA